UUUUUUUUUUUUUUUUUUGAACAGGUAGAAAGAAAGGAAAAGAGAGAGACGCACACACUCACACACACUCGGCUGUCUAAUUGUGGGUGUGUCCACAGCUAUAAGUGCCUCCGCUCAUACCUGUGUUACUUAUAUCCCUGCAUGAAGCUCAGAACAAACACACUCGCAAUCACCUGUCAGUCGACACACCUGCCCUGCACUCGAGAAGUUGCGCUCCCUGCUCUGCGUCUUCAGGCUGCCAUCCAGAUGUCGCCGUGCAUGACCUCACAUUUCUGCCUGCUGGUCCUAUCAGUGAUGUCACUGAUGCUUCUCUUCUCACCUAUUGGUUGGAGCUACGAUGGCCUCACCCCAGGGUGUCACCUACAUCCCUUCAACGUGACCAUCCGCAGUGACCGUCGUGGAACAUGCAAAGGAACCCACCUUGUCUAUGCCUGCGUGGGCUACUGCGAGUCCAGCGCCUUCCCAUCCAGAUACUCUGUGCUGGUGGCCUCCAACUUCACCCACAACAUCACCUCUACUUCACGGUGCUGCACCAUCAGCAAGGAUGCUAAGGUCAAAGUUCGUCUGGAUUGUCCUAGAGGUCGCCACCACGACGAGAUUGAGAUCCUGACAGCAAAGGCGUGUCGUUGCGACAUGUGCCGCAAGUCCCGCUACUGAUAUAUCAAGACAUACCAAAUGUACACAAGGAUAAGAACCCAAUACAGAUUAGUCAGUUAAGCGGUACAAACCUUGGUAAAUGACUGAAAUAACAAGAUGAUAAUAACAAGUUUCAAUAACUAUCCUUUUUCUGUCUAUGUCGACUUGU